CUGUCGUACCUCUCCCCUCGCAUCCACCAAACCUCCGCGAAAAGGCUGAAGGUUGAAACGCAGAACACAGCCUCGCAAAGAGAGCACCAGACCGGACUCGACAAGCCGUGGAAGAAGCAACUGACGUCACUCCUCCGGAGUCGGUCACCAUCGCGGCUGUCCCUUCCCUGAACUGACCCCCGCCAAGGUCCUCCGCCUCCUCCUCGGCUAGGGCGGGAGGGAUACGCCACCACGGAUUGCCGCACACACGCGGACAUAGACUAGCGAAGGCACUGGAAAAAAAAGUUGGCGUUUACUCGGCGACGAGACAAAAUGCGGCGCGGUUGUGUCGCGACUCGACGUCAAGGUCAGAAUCCGAGCCACGACGCCGCCGCCGUGCGAGCGACUUUGCCGGGAAGUGGACAGAGAGACGCGGAGGGGGAUGCCGCUGCGUGUCACUUUUCUCCAGCAUCACUAGUAACACCUUUCCCCGGAGAGGACAUUCGCUCUCGCUGCUAAGUCACGCCGACAAACUUGUCUAAAAGCCCAGAAAAGGAGGACUUGCCCCGACUUCCGUGUCUUAAAAUAUGAGUCUCUUUCAUUUACCGUGACGUUUCCUGCUUUCCUCCCUUCCUCGGCCCUUGGCUGCACACCUGGCUACCCAAGACGCGCCACACCGACUAGCUAACCGAAUAAACCUUUCCUGGUUCCGAAUUGUUUUGAGUUCCACACGCCUAGACUGGCUCGGUUCACGUGGCGAAGUUCCAACCAACAAACAGUGCAACUUUUUUUCUAACUUCAACACCUCCCUCCCCUAAAUAAUGUCCCCCGGCAGAGGCUCCGGGAGCAACUCGCCGGGGCGCGGGCUCCUUGUACUGGUGCUUCUGGUCCUCCUGGAGUUCUCCGUGCUGCCCCUCGGAGCCGCAAGCUCCCACCCGGACGUCAGCCACCAAGACGAAGUGGUUGUCCACGCAGUGGCGGAGGAGAAGCACAAUUUCACCAAAAAGGCUUUCCCGGUGCUCAGCUUUGAGUACAAGCAUAUCCAGAUCCCCUUCGAGAUCUCAUUAUGGGUCCUGCUGGCUUCACUGAUGAAAUUAGGUUUCCACCUCGUCCCUCGUCUCCCCGGGAUUGUCCCCGAAAGCUGCCUCCUGAUCCUGGUGGGCCUGUUGGUGGGUGGGCUCAUCAAACUGGCAGGGCAGAAGGUGCCGCCAGUGCUGGACACCAACUUGUUCUUCUUCUGCCUGCUGCCGCCCAUCAUCCUGGACGCCGGCUACUUUUUGCCCAUCCGCCCCUUCAUGGAGAACCUGGGCACCAUCCUGAUGUUCGCCGUGGUGGGCACGCUGUGGAACGCUUUUUUCAUCGGCGGGCUUCUGUACGCCGUAUGCCAGAUCCAGCCCAACAACCCGUCUGACCUGCACUCGCUGGAGCUGCUGCCCUGCCUGCUCUUCGGGUCCAUCGUUUCCGCCGUGGACCCGGUGGCCGUGCUAGCCGUCUUUGAGGAGAUUCACAUCAACGAACUGUUGCACAUCCUGGUCUUCGGCGAGUCGCUGCUCAACGAUGCCGUCACUGUGGUGCUGUACCAUCUUUUCGAGGAGUACUCUGGCGUGGGCACGGUGACGGUGAUGGACGGCGUGCUGGGCGUUAUCUCCUUCUUUGUGGUUGCGCUGGGUGGCGUCCUGGUGGGAGCCAUUUACGGCAUCCUGGCGGCGUUCACCUCGCGCUUCACCUGGCACACGCGCGUCAUCGAGCCUCUCUUUGUCUUCGUGUACAGCUACAUGGCCUACCUGUCGGCAGAGAUGUUCCACCUGUCCGGGAUCAUGGCGUUGAUAGCAUGCGGGGCAGUGAUGCGGCCGUACGUGGAGGCUAACAUCUCCCACAAGUCGCACACCACCAUCAAGUACUUCCUGAAGAUGUGGAGCAGCGUGAGCGAGACGCUGAUAUUUAUCUUCCUCGGCGUGGCCACUGUGGACGGCCAGCACAACUGGAACUGGACCUUUGUCACUGUCACCGUUGUCCUGUGCCUGGUGGCGCGGGUCAUAGGUGUGGUAGGACUGACGUACGUCAUCAACAAGUUCCGCAUUGUCAAACUGACCACCAAGGACCAGUUCAUCGUGGCCUACGGCGGCUUGCGCGGUGCCAUCGCCUUCUCCCUGGGUUUCCUGCUGGACAAGGACCUCUUCCCUCUGAGGAACAUGUUCCUCACCGCCAUCAUCAUCCUCAUCUUCUUCACCGUCUUUGUGCAGGGCAUGACCAUCAAGCCUCUGGUGGACCUGCUGGCGGUGAAGAAGAAACAAGAGGCUAAGCGCUCCAUCAAUGAGGAGAUCCACACUCAGUUCCUUGACCACCUCCUGACUGGCAUUGAAGACAUCUGUGGACAUUAUGGACAUCAUCACUGGAAGGACAAAUUGAACCGCUUUAACAAAAAGUACGUGAAGAAGUGCCUCAUUGCCGGCGAGCGCUACAAAGAGCCACAGCUCAUCGCCUUCUACCACAAAUUGGAGAUGAAGCACGCCAUCCAGCUAGUGGAGAGCGGCGUCGCCGUCAAUCUGCCCUCUGCCAUGCCCUCCACUGUCUCCAUGCAAAACAUCCAGCCCAAAAGGCCGCCGCCGCCUGCCAAGCUCGAGGAGCGAGCUCUGCCUCAGCUAUCUAAAAGCCGGGAGGAGGAGAUCCGCAAGAUCCUCCGCAGUAACCUUCAGAAAACGCGGCAGAGGCUGCGCUCCUACAACCGCCACACCCUGUUGGUUGAUCCCGAUGAUGACCACAUAGGUGAAUUCCUCCUCAAGAAGCAGAAGAUGGUGGUCCUGGAUAAGAAGAUCCAAAACAUUAAUAACUACCUGACGGUGCCCGCCGCUCCCCCCGACUCGCCGACCAUGUGCAGAGCCAGACUGGCCUCAGGCAGAGAAAAUGAUUUCAAACCCACUCAGCAGCCCAAAGGGGACACUGUCGGUCCAGACCCUCAAGCCUACAACACAAAGGCAGCGGGCGACAGUGUUCCCACCAUCCAUGUGGACCUGGCCUCCCCUCAGUCGCCCGACUCGAUCAACCUCUUGGAUGAGUUUCAGCGGUCCGGCCAGGCGGCGGAGGAGGGCAACGACGACGGCGGCCUGAUGAUGAAAGCGCCCGCCAAGCCCUACGACCAGCACAGCGAGGGCGAAAUGGACACCACCAACAGAGAGAAGCUGUUGAGGUGUCUGAGUGACCCGGGGCCCCACGCCGAGGACGAAGACGAGGACGAAUCCUUCCUGCCUUAGUUGGAGGAAGGUGCGUGCUUCAGUGCUCAAGACGAUUAGCCAGAAACUGCGAGCAGGGAGGAAAAAAAAAAAAGAGCCAUUAGUCGUUUUGUCGUCAUCGCUCUUUACUUUUAAAAGACGCAGUCACGGUUACGCGACCUUCAGGAAUGAACUAUGCAUUACCAAAGGGACUGUUUGUAGUUCUUUGAGGUUCUAUUUCCGUUUUUUUGUAAUAUAUCGGAGAUGGGCGGGGUUCUCCGGCACGACAACGAAUCAGCUUCUCCCAAAACAAAGCCAAUCGCAUUCAUUCUGUCACUUGAAAUCACACCCCUUGGAUGAGGUCUCACCGCAUAUUUUUGCCUUAUUUGAUGUCACUCGGUGCAAUUAUUUUGUUUUUUCAUAAGCACUGCCUUUUAUUUUCAGGGAUUGCCAACAUUGGUAUAAAGGAGUAUUACGGGCGCACUCAAAAGUAAGUUUUACCAGUCUUGGUGGCUUAUACGCUUUUUUUUCCCCUCCCGACCACCAUUUUUAGUGCAUUGAUAAACUCGUUUUCUUAAUUAAGGGAGGAGGGGCAAGACAGCGAAUGUUCUGAUGUCAUCCACGGUCUUUAUUUUUGCUGAUGUUAAAUGUCUGUCAUGUUAAAAGUAGCUCCCUUUAACAGUCACUCCAGCAAACAAACAACGCUCGCUGUCUUCAAGAUGUACACGCACAUUUCUUUUGCUUGUCCUUUAUCACUGUGCGACAGCAGUCUGUGCUUCCGAGACUGGUCUUUGCAUUACUUGGCUAAAUAAGUAAUUAAUACAGUUCUAUGCAGCAUAAAAGGAUAGACAAAUGAUGUAAAACAAAAAAAAAGUAAAUUAAUUCUAUUUAGUUAUGUUGAGGUGGAUUAAUAUCGGACUGCGGCUUUAAUGAUUGCACGUUUCCUCAAUGUAAAAAGAUGCACUGCUGCACGAGGUCGCAAAUGAAAAUUUAGAGCUACACUGCUAUGACAAAAUAUUGGCAAAAGAUUAUAAAAGCAGUGUUAUUUUUUAUCAGUAAAUGUUAUUUUCUAAGAAUGCUUAUUAGGCGCACUUACAAGAGCGUUUUUUAUUUUCACCAUUAGAAACUUGUAAGAUUUUUCUUGUAACAUUGGGAAUCUUUGGGGCAAUAUUAGAACUCUAAAUAUGACUAUUAUGAAUGUGUCUUUAUAUUAAGGUUUUGUUAACAAAAAAAGGCUUAAUUUCAAGUAAUGGUGCAAUUGAUCAAAGUACCGUAUUUUCCGCACUAUUAGGCGCACUUAAAAACGUACAUUUUACUCAAAAAAACACAGUGCGCCUUAUAAUACAGAGCGCCUUAUAUAUGGAUCAAUUGAUGAAUUUGUUCAUCCAUACUGGUUGUACACAGUGCUCUGCCAAAAUGUUUCAGUACGUUUUAGUACGACUAGUAAAUUACAAGGUUGCAUCGCUUCCCAUCAUUACGGCAACUGUCGUCAGAGGGCGUCACCGAAUGGCUGUUGUACCCGCGAGGCUAUUUCAUUUCAAUAUAGGCUGCUCCGUUAAUGUUUCGAGUAAAUUUACGGAUUGAUAUGGAAAGGAAACAUAGGUAAGCAGUCCCAAUGUGUUCGAUCGAACUUUAGUCAGUUCCGAUCAUUUUAUAGGAGAUUGUUUGAGAAACGCGAUUGUUCACAGAGGGCUCAUUGGUUAUUGGCUAGUGGAUGCAUACCGCAACCCUAGUCAACCUCAGUUUGUUGCAGUAUAGCUUCUAUUUUAUGCGCCUUUUAAUCCGGUGCGCCCUAUAUAUUAAAUAAUUUCUAAAAUAAAAAAUUCAAUGAGGGUGCGCCUUAUAAUCCAGUCCGCCUUUUGGUGCGAAAAAUACGGAAAAAAUAUUUUACCAGAUUAUGAAAUUAUUUUAAUAAUUUCAUAAUCUGAAAAAAAACAUCUUGUCAAAGAUAUAGUGAAGGUCCUCUAUUAAAAAUUAUUUUAAUAAUUUCAUAAUCUGGUAAAAAAAGAAUUCCUUCUGUCUUGAAAUCUUCAGACUAUUCUUGCAUUGUUCCAAUUUUUGUCUUGUGCUUUCAGUAUAAUUUCAGUGUGGCCCUAAAUUUUCAUUUACAUUGUGAAAAAACAUUUUCACAUCGCAUCGGCGAUCGCUUAACGGAAUUUCGCCGUAAAUAUGUGUAAGCGGAGUCCUUGUAUGUUAUAUUCACUUGAUAUUUUUCCAAAGAUUCUUUAUUUUAUGAUGACAAAAUGGAUAUUUUGGUAGCAAACAAAAAGAAUGUUUCCAGGCCAACAUUGCUGGUUUUGAAAGCCGUAGAGAGCAGAAAGAUAAGUGUUCAUCUUUUCUUUAUGGCUUUCUCAUGGCCUUUUUUUAUGGAAUGUGUACUUCAUUCAGGACCUCGCCAGCAUUUCACAACAGCUUUCGCUCCGUGUCUUUGAGAACACUGUGCUUUUCUAUUGUUUGCCUUUUAAAUCAUUGAGUGUCUUUCAUGGCUUUACAUGGACGUAUCAGUCGCUAAAGUACCGUUCACUUUAAAUGUGUACACGUGUGCCGUAAUAAUGCAUGAAAUAUGCUUUGCGUCUCAUGUUUACAUUGCUACAGAGGCUUGAUUUCUUUUGAAGAAACGGUCUCGGAUCUUUUCAGAAUACAAUCCUUCGCUAGUUUGUGCUGAGAAUUUCAUUGAAGAUCUUAAAAGAGUCUUUGGUGGACGGUGGAGUUCCAACUGGAUCGUGUAGUUUCAAUCAUGAGGUUAUGUAAUCAAAUUGCUUUGACACUAAUUUAAAAUACAUUUUAAUGCAAAUCUAGUUUGAUUAGCCCCUCGGUUUGGUUUCUUAUGUUGAGUGUGAAAACAAAAACCAAAGCUCCUCCCCCAAAAUAUCUGACCUAAUUUCUUAUAUUACAACAUCAAUGUACAUGUAUAGUUCACCGAAUUCAAACAAACCAAAGCCGAGGGGACGCAUGCUAAUUUGGACCAGACAAUGUCAAAUAAUAUUUGAAUAGAUGACAAUUAUACAAAUAUAUUUAUAUAAUCCUAUACAUGCAGUAUGACUUCAUCCAGCUAAAGACUUUUAAAAUCUUUAUUUUACUUACCCUCACAUUACCUCUCAGCGCUCGCGUCCUUUCUCUCUCUCUCUCGUACCAUUUAAAUGCCGCCACCACGAGCACUUUAACGGCGCAGAAAGAACCUUUAUCUCCAAACGACGUCAGUCGGCGCAAUAAAUAGCUUUCAUAUCGUCACGUAUGACACAGGUCUUAAAAACCGAUGCUUUUACUUGGGAACCUUUCCUCCUUCUGCUAGGACAGCGACUCUCGAGUCUCUUAUGAUAUUCUCUUCUUCAUCACUAAUCCUGGUCUGUAAAUGUUGCUUUGUCAGGAUUUCCUGUUUGGAAGCUAUUAUUUUUGAUAUACGUAAAUGGGAAAAUGUACAUAGACAAAGAUAUUGUAUGUAUUAGAAAUGUAUGAUUCUAAUGUGCAAAAAAACAAACAAAAAACUGAGAAUCAAGCGUGGACUUGCCGAAUGAAUCAUCACAAAGCUUUCAGCAUUCCAUUCCCGUUCUAACAAAUCCGCAUCAAUCAAAAACUAAUGACCUAACAAACUAUCUACCGAAAUAAAGGUUUACUUUCUAA